UAUGUCGCGAGCCUCACGAGCGAAAUGACAGUCGCAUUUCAUGCACGCUUCAUAUUUUAACUGACAAUGGGCUGGAGACUCUCGCAAAAUAUUUUUUGCUUUGCAUUUAGUAAUGAACUCCGACCACCCAGAAACCAACGCUAACUAGCUGUAUGGAAGUUGACUGAACGGACGACAUUGUGCAAAAUGGCGUCUCACGAUGUGGGCGAUACUGCAACCGUUGCAGGCGGGGAGGCUGCUAAAAACAUGACGAAAAAGGCGAGAGUGUUUGACUUAAACGAAAUUUUUGAAGAAGCUCGAAAAACAGCAAUAAGCAGAUUCCAGAAAUCGCCAACUGAGCAAUCUAUUCCCAACACCGAUUCCAAAGACAAUGAAGCCACGGUACCACAGACAGCCGCCGACUCUCUGGCUGGUGGCAGCUCUUGGACCAAAUGUCCAGAGGACGACGGUGACAGCAUCGGGCCACCGGUGUCUCUUUCGGUUCAGGACGACGAGGACGAGGAUGUCUCAUCGGGCGAAGAAGGUACAACUGCCUUCCGCGACGUACCAACUAUGGCUUCGCUCACUCUGAACCACGGUACGAAGAGAGUGUCGGCGAUUGCCCUUGACCCAACAGGAGCCCGCCUCGUGUCAGGAGGUUACGACUUUGACGUGACGUUCUGGGACUUCGCCGGAAUGGACUCUACUCUUCGUCCCUUUCGCUCGUUGCGACCGUGCGAAUGCCAUCAGAUCCGGCAGCUGGAGUUCAGCCCGACGGGCGAUUCCAUCUUGGUAGUGCCGGGUAGUGCGCAGGCCAAAGUACUCGAUCGUGACGGGUCUGAGAUCAUGGAAUGUGCUAAGGGCGACCAGUAUAUCACCGACAUGGCCCGCACCAAAGGCCAUGUUGCUAUGCUCAAUUCUGGCUGCUGGAAUCCACGGCACCGAGACGAGUUCCUGACGUGCGCGUACGACGGAACGUUACGUAUCUGGAACUUAUACCGUCCAGCGCAACACAAAUCCUUGGUGAAAACGCGACAGCAGAGCGGACUCCGUGCCAUUCCAACGACGUGCAAGUUUAGCCGCGACGGGCACCUACUUGCAGCCGGCUGUCAAGACGGCUCCAUCCAGGCAUGGGACACGAGACGACCCCUAGUCAAUCCGGCUCAUACCAUCCGCGAGGCACACUGUCGUGGAUCGGAACUGAGCUGCAUCAGCUUCUCGUUUGACGGGACGGCCCUGGCGUCGCGGGCCUGUGACGACACGCUCAAGCUCUUCGACAUGCGCAAUCUAAAAAAAUGCGUGCACACUUUCGAAGACCUCCCUUGCUGCAUGCCUAGCCUCGACUGCGGCUUCAGCCCGGACGACCGCAUAGUCUUCACCGGCACGGCGAGCAAGAGCGGAGGGGAGCUCGUAUUCUACGAACGAGACAGCUUUGAGGAAGUCAGGCGUGUGCCCGAACCGGCCGGCAUCUCGCGGGUCGCGUGGCACCCACGUCUAAACCAGAUCUUAGUGGCGUUGGCCAACGGCAGCCUCAACGUCCAUUACGACCCGGACAAAAGCAAGCACGGGGCACUCUUGUGCGCGGCACGGGUGCCGCGACGGAGGCCGCGGACCGACGCCAUCCUGCCGCCGACGCAGAGCCAGGUCCUGACGCCGCACGCGUUACCCCUGUUCCGCGAGGAGCGGCCGCGGAGCACCAAGAAGAGGCUGGAGAAAGCCCGUAAGGACCCCCUCCUCUCCCGGAGGCCCGACCUGCCCGUGACGGGUCCGGGGCAAGGCGGGCGGAUCGCGUCCGCGGGCAACACGCUGUCUUCGUACAUAGUGCGGAAUUUGGGCGUCACCAAGAGGGUAGACGACAACGUUGACCCACGCGAGGCAAUCCUGAAGUACGCAAAGGAAGCGGCGGAGAACCCUUACUGGGUGACGCCAGCCUACGCGUCCACGCAGCCCAAGCCGGUUUUUCAGGCAACGACGGAAGAUGCAGAGCCGGACGCGAAACGUCCGAAACCUUGACUGGAAAGGCCCGUCCGAGAGUUGUGAAACCGAAGUCUAAUCAUGCUCUAAGAACGAGCAUGUAACAAGACCUACUCAGUGUAUAUUGUGUUGAGCUCUAGAGAAUGGGGCUUGAUGUUGCUGUUUUGAAAUUGUGUGUGCACUCCUGCACCUUUUUUUUUAGCAGCUAGUGUCAUGUUCCACAUGUCAAGUGUUCGUGUCAUAUCCCAGGCUUUUUUUU